UGCUCUCUGCAAGGGGACCCCCUCACCGUCUAACAGAGAACCUGCUGCACAGCACAGGACAACUCAGCCCGAAACGUUUAAAUACUCCCUUCCCUUCUUCACCUGCUCGAGGGAAGUUCUGCUGGUGGUGGUGGAAAGCUUGGUGGAAAGCUCGAGGAAUCCGCGUUUAAAGGAAUCUAAGAAUAAAUAAAUUCAGUGAAAUAAAGAGGCAAGGUUUUUAACCGAGGGACGGCGGGACCCGGCGGGGGAGGGGGCAGGGGGAUUUUCCUGGAUUGGAGUGCAGCUUGUUUCUGGAUUAUUCCCGAUUUCUCCCGGCGGGCUAAUCCCUGGCGGGACAGCGCUGGACGGCCGCGGGGAUGAAGUACAGCCUGCAGAGUCUGGUGGACGAGUACUCGCGGGGCAGCCACUACAAGCCCACGCCGCUCACCCACACGCCCUACGCCCCCUCCGCCAACACCCACACGGCCUACAGCCCCUCCGCCUACACCCACACGCCCUACAGCCCCUCCGCCUACACCCACACGGCCUACACCCCCUCCGCCUACACGGCGUCCGCCUACACGCCGGCACGCUACACCCCUGCGCAGUACACCCCCACCCACUACACCUCGUCUGCGGCCAAGUCGUCCUUCACCGCGUCCGGCCCCACGCCCACGCCCUCGCCCUCGCCCCCGCCCGCGCCCUCGGCGCGCGAGGAGCGGGGCUACGCCGGGUCGCGCCGGGCCCAGAAGGCGGCUCGCACCGUGCACUUCCCCAACGACGUGGUCUUCCAGGACAACAUCCGCCAGGGCGACAUGACGCAGGUCGGGCGCUUCCUCAGGACCCAGAAGGUCCGGGUCAACAAGCCCUUCCCCUCCGGCAUGUCGGCGAUUCACGAGGCGGUGCUCUCGGGGAGCCUGGACUGCGUGAAGCUGCUGGUGACGUACGGGGCGGACGUUGACCUGCGUGACGACGACGGCUGGACGCCCCUGCACAUGGCCUGCAGCGACGGCUACCCCGAAAUCGCCGAGUACCUGCUGACUCGGGGCGCCAGCACGGCGGCGAAGAACGAGUCCGGGGAGAAGCCCGUGGACCUCAUCGACCCCGAGUGCGCGGAGCUGGUCAAGCUGUUCGCGGCGGUCUGACCCUGCCUGGACCCGCCUGGGGGAGUUUCACAGGGGACAGGGCGGAGCCGGCUGUCGCGCUGGGCUCCAGCGGGAUGUUCAGAGCUGCCGGCCCCCGGCCGGGGCCGACCCUCUCCUGCCUCCCUUUAUUUCUGCGCACGUCUGCUUUGUAUUUCUCAAGAUUUAUUAUCACUUUCAAUACCGGAACGUUCGACGCGCUAUAGCGCGGUGCUGUGUGGUUCGUGUGUGGCGCUUCGUACAGCUCUGUUUGAGAAUGACACGUGACGCCUUGUACCCCGCAUGCCUGCUACGAUGGGAGUCUCUUCCGCCCCUUUCCAGGCUUGGUGACCCACUGUGUAGCCCCCCCCCCCCCCCCCGUUGCGUCCCGCGCCAGUGACACACUCCCAGAAUCAGCCCGUCUGUCUUCCGCAUAGACCUCCAGUCCGGCAUGCGCUCUCCCUUCUCCGUAGAGGGCUUGUCUGGCUGCCUCGUGUAAAAUCGGCCGAAAAGGACGGAGGCUAAAGCUAACGUGGAUGAGCCGCAAUGGCCGGAGCUCUGGGAGAAACAGCAUGUUUCCUCUCUGCUGGGCGGAACCGAGAGUAACACCGAUACUGCACUUCUCCUCAGAAAUGACACUCGGGAGGACUCCAGUGCACUGCACUGUGUGUUGGUGUUGUUCAUACCGUAUGCACUGUCCUGUGUCGUCAUGGUGACUCCAAGGAGGAGUGGCACCGUUGCCCAAGUGUGUCCUGGAUGCUGAAUUUACACAGAAGUCUGUAGAAGUCUUAACCUUAUUUUUGUUGCUUUUUAUUUUGUACAAACAUUGUUUUUUUCAUAAAUAAAGUUGGGUUUGUUAACAAUC